AUGGAGGUAGCGGUGGAGGAAGUGGUGGAGAUGGAUGUAGUGGUGGAACAGGUGGUGGAGAAGGAGGUAGCAGCGGAGGAGGUGAUGAAGAUGGAGGUAGCGGUGGAGAAGGUGGUGGAGAUUUGGUUAGCGGCGGAGGUGGUGCAGAUGGAAGUAGCGGUGGAGGAGAAAACUGCGGGGGGGGGGGAUAAUAGUGGAGGAGGAAACUGCGGAGAAGGGGCAAGUUGCGGUGGAGGCAGUGGUGGAGGUGGAAACGAAAAUGACGUCGAUCAAGGAGAAUUGCUUCCAAACGGAUGUCCAAGCGACUUUGACAUUCACAAACUUCUCCCACACGAAACAGACUGUGACAAGUUCUACUACUGCGUGUUUGGAGAGAAAGUGGAACGUACCUGUGCACCUGGCACGCACUUUAAUCCAUUGCUGCAGGUGUGCGACUGGCCUGAGAAUGCCGGUUGUACUACCAAUGGAGGUGGAGAUGGAGGUAGCGGCGGAGGAGGUGGUGGAGAUGAAGGUAGUGGAGAUGGAGGUAGCGGCGGAGGAGGUGGUGGAGAUGAAGGUAGCGGUGAAGGAGAUAAUGGAGAUGGAGGUAGCAGCGGAGAAGGUGGUGAAGAUGGAAGCAGCGUUGGUGGAGGUGGAAACGAAAAUGACGUCGAUCAGGGUGAAUUGCUUCCAAACGGAUGUCCAAGUGACUUUGACAUUCACAAACUUCUCCCACACGAAACAGCCUGUGACAAGUUCUACUACUGCGUGUUUGGAGAGAAAGUGGAACGCACCUGUGCACCUGGCACGCAUUUUAAUCCAUUGCUGCAGGUUUUCUACUGGCCUGAGAAUGCCGGUUGUGCUGCUAAUGGAGGUGGAGAUGGAGGUAGCGGCGGAGGAGUUGGUGGAGAUGGAGGUAGCGGUGGAGAAGGUGGUGGAGAUGAAGGGAGCAAAAAUAAGUGCGAAGUUGGCUGCAAUGUCCUCCCCUGGCCCCAUGAAAACGACUGUGAUAAAUUCUGGCGUUGUGACGGUUCCACGGCUGUUUUAGUCCUUUGUUCUGAAGGAUUGCACUUUAACCCAAAAACCUUCACCUGUGACUUCAUCUGUAACGUCUCUUGCAGCAGACAAGACGUUGAAUCGACGGCUUUAGCUGAUGGCCUCAAAGUAUUCCUACCUUGGGGCAAAAUGAACCCCAGAUUAGCUCGGAUGUAUUUGAAUAACAAUAUGAAUUUUUAG